CACAUUUGCUGGUCCUCCUCGUGUUUCACCUCCCCCCCAGCCUCGCUCUGUAGCUACCAGGUGGGUGUCUCAUGCCUUGGAGCAGUAGACCCUCCACAGAGCAGCAGCGCUCCUGCAAUGGCCCCCAAAAGAGGUGUGAAAGCUCCUGUUGCGGCUGCUAAGAAGAAGCAGCAGGUCGUCAACCCACUUUUCGAGAAGCGUCCGAAGCAAUUCGGGAUCGGAGGUGCAUUGCCUCCUAAGAGGGACCUUACUCGAUUCGUAAAGUGGCCCAAGACUGUUCAAAUCCAGAGGAAAAAGAGGAUCCUCAAGCAAAGGUUGAAGGUCCCGCCAGCAUUGAACCAGUUCACCAAAACACUGGACAAGAACCUUGCAACUAGCCUGUUCAAGAUGCUCCUUAAGUACAGGCCUGAGGAUAAAGCUGAAAAGAAAGAGCGACUCUUGAAGAGGGCUCAGGCAGAAGCGGAAGGAAAAUCUACUGAAGCUAAGAAGCCUAUUGUUGUAAAAUAUGGUCUCAAUCACGUGACUUACCUUAUUGAGCAGAAUAAGGCACAGCUGGUUGUGAUUGCGCAUGAUGUAGACCCAAUUGAGCUGGUUGUCUGGCUGCCAGCAUUGUGCAGGAAGAUGGAAAUUCCCUACUGCAUUGUCAAGGGCAAGGCACGCUUGGGAUCGAUCGUCCAUAAAAAAACUGCAUCAGUUUUGUGCUUGACAACAGUCAAGAAUGAAGAUAAAUUAGAAUUCUCUAAGAUUCUAGAGGCGAUCAAGGCCAACUUCAAUGACAAGUAUGAUGAAUACAGGAAGAAAUGGGGUGGUGGGAUUAUGGGCUCUAAAUCCCAAGCCAAAACCAAGGCCAAGGAAAGGCUCCUUGCCAAGGAAGCGGCACAGAGAAUGACUUAAGUUUCAUGUUUUUGAGCUUAGGAAAUUUGAUGAUAAUUUUCAAUUUCAAUAUUUCGCUGUCGAAUUCAUAUCAGUUAAACGAGAGGUUUCCUUUCUGUUGCGGAAGCUUGCGGACUAAAAUUUAACGAGUACUUGAGUUUGAUCUUGGAGCUUCCAUACUGUAAUAGUUAUUUAUGAGUUUAAAUUUUUGUUUCAGAACUAACCUAAAA